AUGGUGCCAGCAGCAGAUGCUCUGAUUUAUCAGAAAUGUAGUGUGAAUUUUAAAAAAGGCGACUCUAUUCCUAAGAAACAUCAACAUGAUAUCCCCAAUGAACAGAUAAAGUUAGCAGGACGUCCUUCUGAUAAAAAUAAAGAAGAUGCCUUUUUAGAAAUAUGCAGGUGGCUCAAGGAAAAUGAUGAACCAAUUUCAGUUCAGGAGUUGCUGGACAAAAUGGCAGAGCUGUUGCCAGAAGAUAUCGAACCUGACAUUAUGAUAUUGAGACAAAAAGAUGGAGCUAAUAUGAUCGUUUUGUGUUCUCCAGACCCAUCUUCCUUGAUUUGGCUACCCUCCAACCGCACCCGGACUCCGGAAUUGGUGAAUUUCACUUUUCCGGUGAUAGGCGGGAUAACCAACACCAGCGAACCCGUUUACAUAGGGAGAUUUGCCAACGGCAGUUACACUUACAUAGGAAACGUCCAUACCGACUACUACGUUUACUUUUCCGAUAUCACCUCCGAUAACGGAGACGCUUAUGGAGGGUUUAGCGAUAGCUACGAUUUGUUGAUACACGCUAAAUGA